CGCGAAUCGCAAAACACUUUUACGAGGGCCUCAACAACAUGAGACCAUGAAAAAAUGCAUCAUCGAACAAUUCAAACGUUAUAAGUAAUACCGAAAAAUUACUAAAGAAAAAAAAAGUUAACAUUAAUCUUAAACGGUAUAUAAAGGCUACUCCGAAUUUCUCCGAGAGAAAAAAAAAUUUCCAACGACCACAAUGCAAGACUAAUAAAAAAUUUACCACAAGAAGAAUAAUCGGAAACACAAUCACAACGGGUCCAUUAAUCUGAUCUCAUCAAUUAUUUUUUUUUUGAGAAAUCUUUCCCUUUUUUACACACUAUUUCCUUCUUUGUAAUAAAUAUAUAUUGUGCAAGUAGAUAGAAAUAUGUGACAAGUUGACACUUGAGUAUUAAUGUACAGGAUUAAAGUGUCCAAAUUGCUAAAAUCUGAUUAAAGAAUUAAAUUUUCAAAUCAAAGCUUAAGAGAAGCGUCAGUUUUGUUAAUCUCUUUCGAUUUUUUUAAUCUAUCGACGCGUGUGUGUGUCUCUCUCGAAAGAGUAAUGAUCUCUGAAUAAUUUAUUUGAACCAAUCAAAACAAUCAAUGAAUCAGAUGAAUUGAAUGCAGCAGUGUGCCAUUUGACAUUUUUUCACGCGUGGAAAAUUUGCGAAUUGGCCAACUACCAGAUGAUCGUGUGUGCGCCCCAUUGGAAUCUCGCAAGGCAUCUUUAAAGCAAAAAUAACUAUUAUACUCCUCCAAGUGAAAGUAAUGCAACCACUUUUUUUCCAAUCGAACACCAACGAAAAAGGACAAAAGUUUCUUUCAAUCCCAAAACAAAAAUGUGAUCUUUGAUGAAUGAAAAUAAUCCUCCAGUGAUCAUUUUAUAAUAACAGUAAAAUUCUGCAUCUGCAAUUUUAUUUUCAUCUAAAGUGAAUUUGAUCUAAUUCCUGUUCGAUCUAAUUAUUUUGAUCCAAUUACUAUAUUUAUCUGAUUACGAUUCGAUCUAAUUACAAUUUUUAUCCAAUUACAAUUUGGUUUUAAUUACCAUUUGGUUCUAAUUACAAUUUGGUGCUAAUCACCAUUUGGUUCCAAUUACAAUUGGUUCUAAUUACGAUUUGGAUCUAAUUACGAUUAAAUCUUCAAGUUCUGUAUAUUUUUUCCCAACCAUAAAUUUUAUUCUCCAACGAAAUGAUAACGAGUUUCAACAAAAAUUCAUCCAAUCUGUGAUCUUGUAUUUUAAAAGUAUUGAAAAAUAACGUUCCAAAAUUAAGAAUUUAUUAAGGGUUUACAACACCAACGAAAGUUUGUGAAUAUUGAAUUAAAGUACACAAAGUGUCAUUACUUUUUAAAUUAAAGAGUCAAAAUUAAUCAACAAUCAAGCAAAAUAAAAGAAAUCUUCCCUCACGAAAGAUAAAUAUUUCGCAUAAAUACAUAAAUAUUCAAAUGAUAAAAAAUCCACUAGUGAUUAUGAUCUACAAAUGGAUAAAAGGAAUCUAGUCUACAAAUUUUCUACAAGAAAAAACAAUACUCCAAAAGGAAUACUACUAGUACUUUACUACUACUACUACUACUAAAAGAAAAAUCAAUCAAAAUGCAAGCAAUGGAUCGAAAUGUGUCUCAAAAUAAAAAAGAACAAAACGAUCACUUGAAAGAAAUUUAUAAAAAUGCCUAAAUUGUAGAAAGAAUGAAAGAAAAUUCACACUAAGUUUCUAUAAAUUCGGAAAGAUGUCCUACUGCAGAAUCACGGGCAGGAGUCGGGGACUCCCAAAACCAAAUUACUUCCCCCUUUUACCACCAAUAAGUCCUGCUGAUGCAAAACGUUUUUGCCGCAUCACCGGUAAAUCCUAUGGAUUACCAACUCAUCACUACAUUCCAGUUCUUUUGGGUGUUCACACGCAUGACAAAUCAAAAUGUAAAAUCACCAGUUCAUCCGAACAUGGUCCACAUCAUUUCACCGAUGGUUUGAUAUUAGGUGAAAAAAAGAAGCACGUCGUUCUAAAAGACUACCGCUACAUAUUUCCCAUACUAAAAGGUGAUGGCGAGGAACAAAAAGCCCUUCGCGAAUUACUCACUAAAAAAGAGACAUCACCAGAAGAGGAGAAAUGCAAUUUUGUCUACAGAGUGGAUGAGAGACGAUGCAGUCUCGUUUUUCCAGCAUGUCUCGAAGCUGCUGUUCGCGAUGGUGACGUGCGCGAUGUUAUGCUCUCCAGAGAUUGUGAUAGUGUCCUCCUGAGACUGAAGCAAGGCAAAAAUGUUUCCGUUGACUUUAAGAAUUUGGAAAAUUUCGACGACCUUUACGAGGGACUUGGACCACGAGAGGAUGUUGUUAAGGAGAGAGAAAAACAAGAAUCAGAAGCAAAAAAGAAGAAGAGAAAACGACAGAAUGUUUUGAAUCAUGCGAAGAAGAUUUUUGAGGAUAAAGAAAAAGCAGCCGAGGAGGAGGAACUAAAAACAGCGAAACAGUUGAAACUAAGAAGCAUCAAAGAAGAACGAGACGACAAAUUAGUUGAUUGGAAGCAUGUGGACAUUGGUCACGCGAGAUCGAGAGGAAGUUUAGUCAUGUCUUCCAGUGAAUGGAGAGACUGGAUAAAGCCUUUGAAUCAAUCCUGCGACUGGUCGACUUUCGAAGAAACUACCAUCCAAGGCACUCCGGUUGUAGAUCAAAUUCCAGAACCCGUAAACAUUAAACCUCAAAUUAUCAACCUUGACGACACUCCCCUAGGAUCGAUUAAUACACCAAUUGCCGAAAAAACGGGCGGAUUCGAGGCGAUAUCGGUCGUGCAACCAUUUGCCCCCCUCACCUUGGAACCCGAUCUUCAAGUUCAAGAGGCACUGAAAAAUAUUCCUUUGGACGAUUUAAAAACAACAAUGAACGUCGAUCGAAAUUUCGCCAGCGAUAAGGAGUCCCUGGAAACUUUACCAAAGGUCGAUGAAAUUCCCACCCUGAUCAAGAAUUUCGCCAAAGGAGAAAAAGCCGAACUUCUAAAAGUUAAGGGCCUAAAACUCGACAUUAACUCAGCACAGAAAUUCAUUGCAGGGCAAACGAUACACACCCCCACGGGCCCGAUUUUCGUACCCGGACAAACUUUAUCAACUCCCAAGGGUGAUGUUUUCGUUCCUGGUUUCACGGUCAAAACACCCGAGGGACCAAUGUUGAUUCCUGGACAAAUUAUCUCAAUUCCGGAGGAGAGUGGAAAAAUGACGCCCGUCUUUGUUGCUGGCCAAACACUGAGUACUAAGAAUGGAGAACAGUUUGUUCAAGGUCAAACUAUUCAAGUAAACGAUGGAGCGAAAUUUAUCCCAGGACAAACCGUGUUAACCAAAGAGGGUCCAAAAUUCGUCGCUGGUCAAGUGACAACAGACGGUAAUUUCAUACCAGGUCAAACGAUUUCAAUGUCUCAAGGUAGUAAAUUCAUGCCUGGUCAAACAAUAACCGAUCAACAUGGAGAACAACUGUUUGUCCCAGGUCAAAGUGUUCAGAUACAGGACUCAUGGGAAUUUGUUCCAGGCCAAUGUCUCAAGACACCAACCGGAGAUGAGCAAUUCGUCCCUGGACAAACAAUGCUAACUACCGAAGGUGCCCGUUUUGUACCCGGUCAAACAGUCAUUCAAAAAUCAGGAGAACCCUGUUUCGUUCCUGGUAUUUCACUCGAAACGGAGGAAAAAUUGAAGUUCAUCCCCGGUAUCACAAUGAACACACCUGAAGGUAUCAAGUUCGUUCAGGGACAAAUGGUAAAGACAGAAGACGGAGAGAAAUUCGUUCCCGGAUUAACAACGAACGGAAAAGAUGGUCUUCAAUUUGCGGCUGCGAAAAGCAUCAACGAGGUUGUAUUUCUAGAAGCCACACCUGUCGGUCUCGCCAUAGAUCCAAAAACAGCAAACGCAAUCUCACACUUCCAGCAGCAGGAAAUCUUUGGCCACAUGGUACAAACGGACAAAGGUGUUGAAUUUAUUCCCGAAAGUGUACAAAAGUUUCCCGAGGGGAAGAGAAUAGUUCCAGGACAAUUAGUUCGAGGUGGUAAGGACAGUCCUCGAUUCGUACCUGGAGUGAUGACUGAUGAUGGCUUCCUUCCAGGUCAAAUAGUAAUGACCGAGAAGGGCGAACAGUUCGUUCCUGGCCAGGUAGUUGACACCAGCGCUGGACCCAAGUUCGUUCCAGGACAAAUGGUAGAAGCCCGUUUGGGAACAAAAUUCGUCCCCGGUCAAACUAUCGAGACAGCAGAUGGUCCCAGAUUCGUUCCAGGUCAAAUAGUCGAAACCAAAGCUGGACCAACGUUCAUUCCUGGCCAAGUGAUAUCAACCGAAGACGAAGGUUCAAGAUUCGUUCCCGGCCAAGUUGUCGACACACCAGACGGACCUAGAUUCGUUCCCGGUCGUGUCGUCGAGUCCAGUGAGCACGGAGUGAUUUUUGUGCCCGGUCAAAUUGUUCAAACCGAAGAAGGACCAAGAUUUGUCGCUCCAGACUUGACGGACACUCCCGAAGGGGAACUCGAAUUCUCCGUUCAAGGCUUUGAAGUGACCCCGGAGGAACUCCGUCUCUUGAGACCUCAGCAUUUACACUUCAAUGCCACUGCUCAGCAUCACGGUGAAUCGUGCAUUGAUUCUCGCAUGCUUCAAGAAUUAUCCAAAGCCGGAAUGUCAGUUGGAAGAAAAAUCUCCACCGAUUUACCAAAUGUCGACGUCGAAAUGGAUCCAAAAGCAGUCACUCUCGAGCAAGCUCUUGUAAUUGCCGAGAAACUCGGUCUCAGAGGUACGUCUGCAGUGAAAAUGGCUCAAGUCGUCUCGACCGUUGCUCAAUUAGCCAAAAAUAUCGUUCACCAACAAAACCAACAUAUCGUCAUGAAUGGAGAACAAUCAAACGAUGAAGAACUUAUCUCCGUUUCUGGUCUAUCUCACAAGUUACAAAAUGGAGAAUCGACCAAGAUCGAAGAGAAUCUACAGAGUCGACAGACUCUACAGGAUCAACAGAAACGAAAUAAGAAACUAACAAAAGUCCACAAAAAUCAAACAAACGGUCACGAUAUUUUGCCAAAUGGAGAUCAUCCUCUACAAAAUGGUCUCCCAUCAAAUAAAACUCAUCAACAAAACGGGGAACAUCCGCAAAAUCACAGUCACGGCCAAAUGAAUGGAAAUUCGAUUCUAACAAACGGAACAGAAGAGGAAAUGAAUACAAAUUGGUUACACACCGCAGUGAAAUCUGCAAUAUCAGCAGCAAUAGUCACUCUGACGAACGAGAAAAUCGAGAACGGUCAGGACCUCCUCUUAUCAUCAAUAAGUGAAGCUUUCAACGUCCUCCUAAGGCAAAAAUCACCAAACAUGGACGAAUCAGUGGACGAAGUACUACAAAUACUUCUAAUCCCACGAAAUCGCAGUCUACUUUGUCGCCAAGUUCUGAUCGACUUAGCCGAGGCAAAUUACAACAAAGUAGACCUUUUAAAAUCCACCCUGAUGAAUUAUUCCCUAAACGAGGAGGUUGUCCUAGAAAAGCUCUUUCAAGUCGUCGAAGAAGAGCACGGCAGUGACCUCUUUGUUUCAGCUUUCCGCGCCAUGUCAAAAGGAGAUCCCGAUUUACUUUCCCGAGUAUUGAAAAAAGUAUCCGAAGAAGUGUCAACGGUGGAAACGGAGAAAGAAGCCGCAGAAACGGUGCAUAAGGCAAUUGUUCAAGCGGUACGGGAAUCAAGUGAACUUAGGGUAAAAGAAUUAUUAAACGAUGAGGGCACGAAGGUGAAGGAGAUGCUUCUUCAAGCUGUCGGAUUAGCAAGGGCUUUGGGAAUGACCUCAACAGCGAGUAGUCUUUUGGCAGUACUCAGUGAUGUGAAAUCGACCCGAGUUCUAGCAGGAGAUAAAGUGACACUCGACAUUCUUAAAAGAUUGACAGUAAUGAGAAAAUUAGCGGAGGAGAGACCGCAAUUUGUAUCAGCUCUAGGUGAUCUUUGCAGUGAUCCAGAAUUGGCGAGAUCGGAUCCAGUUUUAAGAACACUGGUCCGCGAGAGUGCGGCUCUGAUGAUCGUUCCCGAGGAAGGACCUCUACAGUCGUCGAUAGAUGUUCCAACAUCUUUACUGCAUGCCGAGAACAGUCUUGCUAUUGAAGAAUUCCUAAUGCGAAGGAGUCAUAGACCCUCGUCGAUAUUUAUGAUCUUGAAACAAGGUUUCCAGUGUGUUGUUCCAAGGGAGGCUGCGAGGAGUGUAUUGACAGGAGAGGUUGCCUAUACUGUUCUCGAUGAAGAUGGUAUUCAUCAUUUUGAACCGCUCAAUGUAUUUUCGGCACUGAGAAUGAAUAAACCAGCUGCACAUCGAUUUUCAAUGUACUGCUGUCCAGUGGCCAGGGAAGAGGAUAUUGACACUGAGAUGCUAUCUACUUUUAAUGGACCAAUUCCAAUAACAAACACUAGCAGUUUCGAUGAAUCGACAUUCGAGAAUUAUGAAAGACUAGAGAGCAUCGGCGUUACUUUGUCAAAGUCUGACAAAUCCGUUGGAUGCGUUGACGGUCGGGAAAAUACACCCAGCUUCCGGAAGAUUUGUAACCUCUAUCACGAGAGGAAAUCGGAAAAUUACGUGGUCGUUAAGGAGUUCGCUGAGGGCAACUUUUCAGUGGAUGUCGGUGAAAUCGUCGAAGCCGUCGAAUAUGGGGAUUCAAAGAAAUUGAAGCUAGAUCCUGAAUUAGAAGUCGGUGAAGUCAGUGACCGAUUGGAUAGUUCGGCUGCCAAACAUAAAUUGUCCGUAAGACCGCGAAAAAAAUAUGCGGAUCCUCGAGCUCGUAAUAUUUCAAGGUCAAGUUCAGACUCCAAUAUCAACAGAGUCUACGUAAGAACAUCAAAGGGAAAAGAAGGAUGGCUACCCACGUCUAUUGUCAUGCAAACUUUGCUAAGCGACGAAAGUUCAGCUUUUUCGGGUUCUCAUCGACGAGAAGACUCAACAUAUCGAAGAGAGGCAGUAAUAAAGGAAUUGGUUGAGACGGAAGAAGAAUUUGGAAGAGACCUUCAACAAGUUGUGGAAAGAUAUUUGAAACCUCUCGACAAUCCGGGAGUGCCUCGUGUUGUUCGAGACAACAAGGAAAUCAUCUUCACAAAUCUCAAGCAAAUCGCUGAAUUUCACAAUACAUCGUUCGGCAGGGUGUUAAUCGAGGGUGUCAAAUACUACGCGGAUCAGCCACGAAUGCUUGGGAAAACUUUUCUCAGACUGGAAAGAGAUUUUGACAAACACGUGGCUUAUUGUAGAGACGAACCAGCCGCUCAAGAAUUUCUUCAAAUGAACGAUGGAGUUCGAGAAUAUUUUGAGGAGCUGAGCCAGACUCUUGGAGAUGAUAAAAGAUUAUCGGAACAUCUGAAACUUCCGAUACAACGCAUAAACGACUACCAACUCCUCUUGAAGGAGUUGGUGAAGUAUUCGACCCGGCUAGGCGAAAAUUGUGACGACCUCCAGAACGCUCUGGAGUUAAUGCUAGGAAUUCCUCAUCGAGCAACUGACAAUAAAUUCAUCAGUAAUAUCGAGGGAUACAAAGGGAAUAUUCACAAAUUAGGACGAUUGCUAACUCACGAGUGGUACACAGUAAUCGACAAAGACGGAAAAAGCAAGGAAAGAUAUUUAUUUUUGUUUAAAGCGAGAAUUCUAGUUUGCAAAGUCAGGCGUAUUUCUGAAGAUCGUUCAGUUUUUGUACUCAAGGAUAUAAUUCGAAUUCCAGAAGUGGAAGUAAAAGAUCAUCCGGGAGAAGCAAGAUCAUUUGAAUUGCAUCAACCAGGUGCAUCAGGCUAUCCAAUAACUCUCGUUGCCCACAAGGAUCCAGUUAAGGAAUAUUGGCUCAAGGAAAUUCGACAGUAUACAAGUGACGUUAUUGCACUUGCCGAACACGCCGCCGAUGAUUUGCAAGUAACCGACGAGCCAGAAAUUUCCAGCCCGAAAGCUGAACCAAUUAACAUUCAACCCCCAACAACUGACAAACCGUCUGAUUCAAAAUUAACCGAAAAACGAAAGGAGGAGUCCACCGUCAAGGCGACAGAAUCCAAAAAGGCCAAGGUCGAAGAAGCCGAGGACAUGUCGCGAUAUUCAUCAAGUCGCUACAGCGCCUCCUCUAAAGUCGUCGAGGAAUACUCGUCAGUGUCGAGCAGUAGAGAUGGACAAACAACUCACAUGGAAUCGUCAGCAUCAUUAUCGAGUGGAAGAAGAGAGUCGUCAUCUCUCUACGGAAACGAUCGAGUGACGGAGAGUUCGAGUUCUUAUCAGACCGUAGUUGGUGGUUCAAAUGUCGAAUCUGAAAUGAGAACAGCGAGAGUGGCAUUAUCAGCCACUGAAACUGGAAAACCAUGUUUUUCACAAACAAUCGAAGGAUGCGAGGCUCAAUCGACGCAAUCAAAAAUGGCUUUGAUACAUGUGAUAGCUGGAGAAAGUGCCACUUUCGAGUGUGUUCUUGCAUCAAUUUUCGCUCAAACAAAAAUGCAAUGGCUGAAGGACAAUAGACCAUUUAAUGACAAAUUGGCAGAUCGUGUGAAAAUCUCUCGAGCUGAUUCAAGUUUCAAACUUGAGAUUAACAACGUUUUAGAAUCAGAUUCUGGAAUUUAUACUGCACGAGCAGUGAGUGGAGACAGCAAAGCUUCUUGUACCGCUCAAUUAAUUGUCACCGAUUUAACACCUGAGGAACGAAAAGCUCGUUUAGAUGGAAACAAACCGGAUUUCCUGGUUCGUCUCAAGGACACAGAACUUUUGGAAAACACUUAUCUUCGUUUUAUGAUCAAGGUCAAAGGGGAUCCUAAUCCAGAACUCAAAUUUUAUAAAGACGAUGUUCUCAUUGACUCAAAGAAUGAACGAAUGAAAAUCAUCACAGAAAAGGCGGAUAAAGGUUUUUAUGAAUUAGUUAUUCCUGAUGUAUUGAGAGAGGACGCGGGUAAAUAUUCGUGUACAGCGACAAAUAGUCAUGGGGAAGCGUCAUGCGAGGCUGUGGUAACAGUGACUGACGAUAAAGUAAUUUUUGCCGGUCUUCCUGAGGGUCUUCUCGAACCCGGUGAAAUUCCAAAAUUCAAAUGGUCCAGAGAUGGAGUUCCCUUCGAUCCAGAGGAGAGAUUUAAAGUUCUAUUCAAAGACGAAGAAGACACUUUGGCAUUGGUCUUUCAACACGUCAAGCCGGAAGACGCGGGUUUAUACACCUGUGUUGCACAAACAAGCACUGGAAAUAUUAGUUGCAGUGCCGAACUCACUGUUCAAGGAACCGUUCGACAAUUAUUGAAAGAGCCGGCAAAACCCGCUCUACAAUCGGAAUCAAGACAUUCCGAAUGUAGUGUCGGCGGUUCCGCAAUGUUGGACCUUCAAGUGAAAGGUUAUCCAAAACCGGACAUCAAAUGGACAAAGAAUGGAGAGGAAAUAGUCGCCGGUGGAAGGAUAAAAUAUCUUUGGGAAGACGAGGAAUCACUCUCGUUGGUAAUAAAAAAUGUAACAGUUCAAGACGCUGGCACGUACGUUAUUAAAGCAAAGAACGAACUCGGCGAGGACAGUACACAAAUUGAAUUGAUCGUCAAGUCAGCGCCGAAAAUAACGAAAAAAAUGAACGAUCUUCUAGGACAAGUGGAGGAGACACUCUACAUGAGUGUACAAAUACAGGCAUCGCCAAAACCGGAAGUUAAAUGGUUCAAGGACGGUCAACAGCUGGAAGAAUCGGAGCGAAUUUCUUUCCGAAAGGAGGAAAAUGAUACCUAUACUCUUGUGAUAAAAGACGCUAGAUUAGACGAUUCAGGUUCAUAUUCAGUCUCAGCCAAGAAUGAAGUCAAUCAAACGUCAGAAUUUUGGAACGUCUCCGUGCGAUAUCCACCGAAGAUAACGAAAAAAUUACUGGAACCACAAAUUAUUGACGAGGGUGAUAGUUUGACUUUAUUAAUUGAAGUUGAAGCCGAACCUAAACCAACGGUUACUUGGUUGAGAGACGAGGAAGUUGUCAUUUCCGACGAACGAGUGAAAAUUGUUCAAGAGGGAAAGAGACACAUGCUGAAAAUAACCGGUGCUUGUCACAUUGACGCUGCGACUUACAGAGUUGAAGUCGAAAAUAAAGACGGAAAGAGCGUCGAUUCAACUAAUAUAAAGGUUCGUUGUGCGCCGGUAUUUAGGACAAAACUCGAAGACACAAUAGCGAAGGAAAAUCAAGUGAAUCUAGAAUUAAAGGUAAAAGUCGACAGUAUUGAGGAGCCGACAGUCGAAUGGUUCCUUAGAAAUACGGCGAUAACAGAAGAGAAGAAGGACUAUCAAAUAAUUGAGAAUGGCGACGUAUAUCGACUGGUGAUCAAUCAAGUGAAACCGGAAUUAGCCGGAAAGUAUAUUUGUAAAAUUAAAAAUCAAUACGGUGAGAAUAAGUGCGAGGCAAAUUUGACAGUCUACACGAGACCGAAAAUAAAUAAAAAGCUUGCCGAUCAAAAAGUCAAUGAGGGCGAAACAUUGAGUUUGAAGGUGGAAAUUUCCGGUACACCAGAGCCGGAAGUGAAAUGGUACAAGGAUGGAAAGCAAGUUGAUGCAUCAGCGGAUGCUAGAAUUAAAAUUUCCCGUGACACGAAACGAAAGGAAAAUUAUGAUUUGACGCUAACACUUAUCAAGGGUUCAGAUGGUGGUAUCUAUGAAGUGAGAGCUGAAAAUGAACUCGGUCAAGUCAGCUGCAAGAGUAAAGUCAUCAUUUUGACAAAAACGGAGGAAAUUGUCGAGAAAACGAAAGAAAGUGCACAGGAAGUGAAAGAAGAGGAUGUUUCGGCAAAAAGCCAAGAGGCUGAGGAAUCAGGACCUGAAGGUCGAGUCAAGUUGGAAAAACAAAAGGUCGAGGUAAUUCGUGGCGCAGGUGACAAGAUAACCAUCUCUGUAGCCUCAACAACAACACACGAGGCUAUUUUGACAGGUCCCGAUGAGAGACACACAAUCCACAAAAUGACCUCGACGAAAGUUGAGUGCCAAGAGAUGCACUCCGAGGGUCCACACGUCGAAGAAAUUGCCUCCUACAGUUACACGAUUCAUCAAGAGGACGGCACAAAGGCACAAAAUGGCGUUCUCAUCGAAGAGUAUUCGGAAGGUGACGAUAAUAAAGCAAAACUCCAAGUGAAUAGAGGCGUUUCCAUUGUAUCAGUUUCUGACGACGAAUCAACAAUGAAGGCAAUUUCCCGCGAUGUCAGUACCGACGAUGUUCACGCCGAACUAUCAGACGAUCACAAAUUAAUCACCAACGGAUCCAUAGACGACGUCUUUGGAAAUUCUAAUGGCAAAUUCGAAGAAAAAUCCUACGACGAUCGUAAAGCACAACGAGGAAUUCUCCUCACCGAAACAAUAAUCGAAGAACGUUCCAUUGACGAAUCACUCGAAUUACCAAUAGUAAAAGACACUUCUCCAUCGAAAAUUCAAAAAGCCGAGGAGAGUAAAAUCGAGCGACAAACAUCGGUGAAAAUUCAAGAAACAUUAAAAUUCGAAGAAAUUGAAAAACCCUCUUCAGAGAAGGGGAAAUUUUCCAAAGAAAGAAGUAUUUCGGUCGAGAGUUCUCACUCGAGGAAGAAUUCAAUAAAAACCGAAAUUCUCGAUUCUGCCGAAUUACAAACGCCAAUUGUCGAGGAGAGUAUCGUCUCUAAAGAGAAAUCGGUCAAAGUCGAAGCAAAAUACAGUUCGAUUAGAAAAUCCGAUUCGAUCGAAUCACAAGAACCACAAACGCCAAUUAUCGAGGAGAGUGUAAUAUCCAAGGAGAAAUCGGUUAAGGUAAAAACUCAAUACAGUCGGGAGAAUUCGACAAAAUCGGAAAUAGUCAAUCAGGCACAAUCGCCACUUAUCGAGGAGAGUAUAAUUUCUAAAGAAAAAUCUGUCAAGGUAAAAACGCAGUUCAGUAGAGAAAGUUCGAUAAAAUCUGAAAAACCACUAAAUGAGGAUGAAGAAUAUUCUCUGGAGAAUAAUAAGGAGAAUAAUUUUUCAAGACAAAAUUCAUCACAAAGUUCAAUUCACGACGAAAGUAAACUCUCUCGACAAUCGUCAAAAUUGGAAAGAUUCAAUUCGAAUGAAUCAAAGAAAUCGAUUAAAGAAUUUUCGAGGGAAAAUUCACAAAAAGGGGUGAAAAAUGAUGAAGAAGAGGUUGAUGAAGAAAUGGAAAAAUUAUUCGAGCGAAUUAAACGACAGAGAAGUGUAUUAGAUGAAAUUCUUGAUCAAACUACUGGUGAUAGGGAAAAAUCAGCUUCUCCGAAUAUAAUCAGUUCGACGCUUGAGGAUAAGGAAAUUUUCGAAACGCAGAACGUUAGUUUUGAAAUAAAAGCCCAGGCAUUGCCACGACCGGAAGCAAAAUGGUACAAGGAUGCGGAGCCACUGAAGACUUCCGACAGAAUUAAAUAUUCAAAUGUGGGAGAAAUGUUCCAGUUGACGAUAAAAAAGGCCGAACUCGAAGACGCUGGUUGCUACUCAUGUAUAUUUACGAAUAAAUUGGGCGAAAAAACGGUCGACGGCGUUCUAUUGGUUCUACCAGUUGAGGAACUUCGUAAACCAAGAUUUGUUCGUCCUCUCGGCGAUGUUGACGUUGCUCAACAUACAACCGGAACUUUCAAGGCUGUCGCUACUGGCGAACCAAUUCCAGUUGCAACUUGGUACCAUUUGGGAGAGGAAAUUCCCGUUGAUGAAGAAAGAUACGAGGCAACAGUUCGCAGUGAACCUGUCGAAGAUGGACUGAAAGAAUGCACAUUUAUCCUGAAAAUGGACAAUUGUGAUCUCGAUGAUGUGGGAAAAUAUUCCAUAAAAGUCAAGAACAAUAAUGGUGAAGCUGAAUCGAGCGCCGAUUUGGAUCUUUUGAUACGUCCAAUAAUCGAGGAAUUCAAGGACAUAAAUCCUCCAGUUGGCGAGAAAGGCGAAUGGGAAAUAAUCAUAAAAGCAAAUCCAAAACCCGAUGUCUACUGGGUGAGAAAUGACAUAGAUCUGGGAGAGGAUGAUCGUUUUGAUUUCGAAGAAGAUCACAAGAAGAAAAGCUAUAAACUCAUUAUAAAACAAGUUGAAAUGGAUGACGCUGGUCCUUAUAAAGUGGUUGCCAUUAAUGAAUUUGGUGAAGCAACGGCUGUCGCUGAUUUAACACCCUACACCGAACCGCCUAUUUUCACAAAGGAACUGAAGAAAGAAUCAGUGAGAGAUCAGAAUAAUUAUGAGGCUGAGAUUCGAGUGACUGGUUAUCCGCGACCGGAAGUACAAUGGCUCAAGGAUGGUGUGGAAAUUGAAAAUGACGAUCGACACAAAAUUGUAACGAGCGUCAAUGGAAAUGAAGUGAUUAGUAUGUACACAAUUGAUAGAUUUUCCGAGAGCGACGCUGGAACUAUAACAGUGAAUGCGACAAAUUUUGUUGGAACCAGUCAAUCAGUGGCAGAACUUGCCCUAACGCGAUUCCCACCCAAAUUCUUUGCGACACUACCAAAAUCAUUGAAUCUCGACGAAGGAAAGCCACUCGAACUAUCAAUUAAUGUCGAUGGAAGUCCAAUACCGGUUGUUAAAUGGUACAAAGACGGUGAGGAAAUAAAACCCGAUGGUCAUAUUAAAUUGGAGAAACUUCCAGACGGUUCAAUGAAACUUUCGAUUGAUAAAGUCAUUCCCACGGAUUGUGGAGCCUAUAAAGUGGUUAGUAAAAAUUCCGGCGGUGAAGAAACAUCCCUUUGCGCUGUUGCCAUCAAACCCGAAACUCGAAAACCAUCAUUUUCAAAGAACUUGGAAGAUGCGAAGGCUUUGGUUGGUCAACCUUUGAAAUUAGAGGCGAGAGUUGACGCUUUCCCGAACCCACAACUGCAAUGGCUGAAAGAUGGUUUUCCGAUUAGACCGUCGAAGGAAAUUAAUUUCGUAAAUGAGCCGAAUGGUCUCAUUGGUCUUACAAUCGAUAAACUACGACCGGAAGAUGCGGGUGUUUAUUCCUUAGUCGUUUCUAAUGAUCUUGGAGAAAUAACCGGUACAGCUAACGUACAAGUCGAGGAACUGGAGAAGAAACCAGAAUUCAUGGGAACUAUACAACCAUUAACAGUUGUCGAGGGUUUCCCCGCGAAAAUGGAAGUCAAAACUAUUGGCAAACCAGCACCAACGAUCAAAUGGACACAUAACGGAAAGCAGAUCGUUCCCGAUGGACAGCAUGUGAAAAUAAUUGAUCAACCAGACGGAAGUCAGGCCCUAAUAAUAGGCGAAGUGAGACCCCAGGAUGCAGGAACGUACGAGGCAGUGGCUAGUAAUUCCCAAGGUGAAAUCUCAUGCAAAGGUGAUUUGGAAAUCGCUAAAAAGACCGACAACACAACUCCCGAGGAGAAACCAACAUUCAUGAGUCCAAUUCGUGACACAACGGCUGAAGAGGGACAGGAAAUGAUCUUCAGUGCACCAUUCACUGGUAAUCCAAUUCCAGAAGUAAUCUGGACUAAAGAUGGUCAGGAAUUGAAACCAUCGGAAAAAAUAAUGAUGACAUGCGAUGGGAAAAAAGUGGGACUGGAAAUUAAUCCAGUUGAACAUAGUGAUGCCGGUGUUUAUGGAUGUACCCUAAGAAAUCCACUUGGUGAGGACACAUCUAAAGCCGAGGCGAACGUGAGAAAAGUCUAUCAACCACCAACAUUCGCUCAAAAAUUCACCGACUUUCAACAAAUGCCAAAUCAAGAUGCUAAAUUUCCCGUCAGGGUAUUUGGUAUUCCUCAGCCGGAAAUUAGUUGGUACUUUAAUGACACGCCGAUAUUGAGGGACAGUAAUAAAUACAAAAUACGAAGAGACGGCGACGCUUGUUGUUUGUACGUUAAAGAUUGUCAAUCAUACGACGCUGGAAAAUAUAAAUGCAAAGCAGUGAAUAGAGAAGGAGAGGCUGAAUGUGCCGCGACAUUCUCAAUUGUCGAUAAAAUUGAUAAAAAGCAGAAAGUGGAGGCACCGUCUUUCUUGAAGAGAUUGGGAGAUUGCGAGGUGUAUAAAGGAAUGACAGCUAAAUUCACCGCCUGUGUUACUGGAUAUCCAGAACCGGAAUUCGAAUGGUUCCACGAGGGUGGCAAACUCUGGCCUACUGAUCGCAUCCUCAUGGAUCAGGAAGGCAGCCUCUUGAGAUUAACCCUCUAUCAUAUUGACGAAAGCGACGCGGGAAAGUACAGCCUAAGAAUCUUUAACCCUCACGGCGAGGACACCUGCCACGCUGAAAUGAUUUACGAAUCUCUGGAGCCAAGAGUGAAGAAACCAUUAGCAGAUCAGUACAUCGACUAUGAUAAGCGAAGAUCAGGUCUUCCGUUACCCUUAUCCGACAGACCGAUAAUAAGUCGUAUGAUGGAUCGACAUUUGACACUGUCAUGGAAACCAUCGAUACCAAUUGGUCCCAGAAUUCCAGUCACCUAUCUCGUUGAAAUGUGCGAAUUACCAGACGGCGAUUGGUUCACAGCACGCUCAGGUCUACGAACAUGUGUCUGUGAUAUUCGCAAUUUGGAACCGUUUCGCGAUUAUAAAUUUCGAAUUCGCGUUGAAAAUAAAUAUGGAAUCAGUGAUCCAUCACCGUUCGCACAGACAUAUCGUGCCAAAUUAGAACCUGAACCACCGAAAUUCUUUCCCUAUUUACCGCCUGGAAUUGAUUUUAGACCCGAGACGAGUCCCUAUUUUCCCAAGGACUUUGACAUUGAACGACCGCCACACGAUGGCUAUGCACAAGCGCCAAGAUUCUUGCGACAGGAGCACGACGCUCAGUAUGGCGUGAAGAAUCAUAAUUGUAAUUUGUUUUGGUUUGUCUACGGUUAUCCGAAGCCAAAAAUGUCCUAUUAUUUUAAUGACGAAUUGAUUGAAUCGGGGGGAAGGUAUGAUCAGAGUUACACGAGAAAUGGACAGGCGACGUUGUUUAUUAAUAGAAUGUUGGAGAGGGAUGUGGGAAUUUACGAAGCUGUCGCUACAAAUGAACAUGGACAAGCGAGACAGAGAGUGAGAUUGGAAAUUGCUGAGUAUCCGCAAUUUAUUCAGAGACCUGACGAAACUGUCAUUAUGCUGAGGAAACAUGGUAGAAUUGAAGCCAGAGUUAUUGGUGUUCCCUAUCCAGAAUUGAAGUGGUACAAAGACUGGAAACCUCUUGCGCCUUCAACGAGAAUCAAAAUUCAAUUUGUCGAGCCAGACACUUCAAUUCUGGUGAUUGAUGACGCAAUUCACAAGGACGAAGGUCUUUACUCGUUGAGCGUAAGAAAUGUCGCUGGUUGUAUCUCAAGUUCAGCGAUGAUUCACAUUGAGGAAAAUGAACACGAAUAUGGUUACAGAACGUACACGAGAAAACCGGACAUUAAACCGAGAAAUAAACCAUUCGCGGACUAUUAUGACAUUGGCGAUGAAUUGGGAAGAGGAACGACGGGUGUAGUCUACCAUUCAGUUGAGAGACCAACCGGAAAGAGUUUCGCCGCCAAAGUUAUGCACGGUGGUGGCGAGUACAGAUCAUUUAUGUACAACGAAAUGGAUGUCAUGAAUAAUUUCAGCCAUCGUAAACUUAUUCGUUUACACGACGCUUACGAAACCGAUCGAACGGUGAUCAUUGUCACUGAACUAGCUGGAGGAGGCGAAUUAGUUGACAAUCUCACGAGACAAUCGUAUUACACGGAAAGCGAUAUUGCUGGUUACAUAAGACAAGUGCUUUGGGGUUUGGAAUAUAUGCACAAUAAUAGUUACGCUCAUCUUGGUUUGACGCUUGGAGAUUUGUUAGUUUCACAUACAGGUGGUGAUGAUUUGAAAAUUGGUGAUUUUGGAUUAUCAAGAAGAAUUGGACAUCAAUUGAUGAAUUUACAUUAUGGAAUGCCGGAAUACGUUGCACCGGAAAUUAUCAAUGGCGAGGGUGUUACAUAUCGUACGGAUAUGUGGUCGGUGGGAAUUAUCACAUACAUUUUACUCUCGGGAAUAUCGCCAUUCAGAGGAUUGAAUGACAGAGAAACGUUAACAAGAAUUAAGGAGGGUAAAUGGGAUUUCGACGAAAGAUGGAAUUUUAUUUCCGACGAUGGCAAGGACUUUAUUCGCAGUCUUCUCGUUUAUCAAUGGGAGAGACGAAUAGACGUUUACACUGCUCUCAGACAUCCGUGGUUAACUUAUGCCGAUAGAACAUUUACAGAUCCGUACAAAAUUCCCUCGGAGAAUUUGAAGAAUUACUAUAAACUUUAUAAGGACUGGUACACUAACGCCUCUUGUAGAACGUGGUACAGGAGAAGGAAACUUAGCAGUGCUUUUGAGCAUCCUUCGAAAAUGGUGUAUCCACCCGGACAUAGAUACACACCGGAGCCGAGUCCAGAAAGAACUUACAGUCCUACCAAGAGACCACCUCCGAAAGCUUGGGAAAAUAGAAUCCCUUCGAGGGAGCCAAUCGACACGGAAAUUGGUCUCAUCAAGAACGAAAGCCACUAUCAGAAUGGUCCAGACACUUAUUUACUACAACUUCGAGAUACUGAUUUCCCUGUAAGAUUGCGUGAAUAUAUGAAAGUCGCUUAUAAUCGUGGAUCAGGAUAUCCAAGACCAGUUGAUGAUCCCUACGAUUGGAGAACACCAGUAAUAAGGGAACGUCGAAGAUUCACUGAUGUGAUGGACGAGGAGAUUGAUGACGAGAGAAAAGCAAGAAUCAAUCAAUAUGGCAAUGUCGAUACAGGAACAUUGAGACGUCUUCGUCACGAAAUUGGAAUUCGUCUUGAUAGUUACGCAGAGGCUGAAGCAUUAAUGGAAUCAAAGAAAGGUGGACAUAUGCCAUUUUUCCGAGAAAAACCACAAAACCAACCGAUACAAGAGGAUAAAGUUGCACAACUUGGAUGUUUGGCGGUUGGAAAUCCAAAACCAAUUAUCCAAUGGUUCAAGAACGAUAUGGUCGUUCAGGAGAGCAAUCGAGUUAAAAUUACCGAAGACAAUGAGGGACGUUCGAUUUUGAGUUUCGAUCCCGCCCGUGAAUAUGAUAUUGGAAUUUAUAAGGUUGUCGCGAGAAAUAAAGUUGGACAGACUGUUGCCAGAACAAGAGUUUUACUCGCAACUGUUCCGUCAGCUCCAGAUUCACCUCAGGAAUCCGAUGCAUCGGAUACAGAGAUUCUGUUGCGCUGGAAGCAGCCAAAGUACGAUGGUAAUUCACCAGUACUGUGUUACAAUCUUCAAUACAAAGAAGGCGAUUCGACAAAUUGGAUCGAUUUGGGCAACAACAUUGAUCACGAAUUUUAUUUGGUGCGAGAUUUAAAACCAAAUACAAGUUAUGACUUUAGAUUGGCCGCUCGUAAUCGUAUAGGAUGGAGUGAUAGAGGAAUUCCAGCGCACGUGAUAAAAACACGAGAAAAGGGUGUACCAAAAGUUCAAGUAACAAGAGCAAUGAAACACCUUCAACAAUUAACAGAAUCAGGUCAAGAAAUUAUCGAGGACGAAAGUAAACCACACUUUGAUUAUUCAAUCGAGGAUAGUCCAAUAAAUUGGUCAACUGAGGGUCAAUUAACAAGUAAAUACAGUUUUAUUUCCGAAUUAUCACGCGGACAAUUCUCCGUUGUUGUCAAGGGUGUCGAGAAAUCAACGGAUAAAGUGAUAGUUGGAAAAAUAUUGGAAAUUAGUUCUGAGACGGAGGAACAAGUUAAUGCCGAAUACGAAGUACUGAGAUCAUUGAGACACGAGAAAAUUGCUCUAUUAUUGUCGGCUUACAGAGCUCCUGAAUCGUCGUUGGCUGUAUUUAUUUUGGAGAAAUUGCAAGGCGCCGAUGUACUCACUUAUUUAUCGAGUCGGCAUGAAUAUACGGAGAAUUGUGUGGCGACGAUUAUUUCACAAAUUUUGGAUGCUCUUCAAUAUUUACAUUGGAGGGGAUAUUGUCACAUGGACAUACAACCGGAUAAUGUUGUAAUGGCGUCUGUAAGAUCGGUACAAAUUAAAUUAGUUGACAUGGGUUCGGCACAAAAGGUGACAAAAAUGGGCGCACUUGUUUCGCAAGUGGGUCAUCCGGAAUAUCGAGCGCCCGAAGUUCUUAAUGAAGAAGCAGCUUUUCCACAAACGGACAUUUGGAUGGUCGGUGUACUCAUGUAUGUUCUAUUGUCGGGGGUUUCUCCAUUUAGAGGCGAAGAUGAUAAUGAAACAAGACAAAAUAUUUCCUUCGUUAGAUUCAGAUUUGAAUAUUUAUUCAAGGAACUUAGUCAGGAGGCGACGAGAUUUUUAAUGCUUAUAUUCAAACGCACACCAAGUAAACGACCAACAGCGGAGGAGUGUCAAGAGCACAGAUGGUUGGUCCCAACCGAAUUCAUGAUUAGAAAACGCGAGAGAGCCGUAUUUCUUGGCAAUCGAUUGAAAAAUUAUUCUGACGAAUAUCAUCAAGAGAAACAAAAAUUGGCAACACACAGCGAGAGUUUAUCAGAGGUUUUUGGAUCGACGAGACAAUUAAUAAGAUCGAAUAGCAUACAAGAUGAAUUGUUUACCACAUUUUAAGAUCUAGUAUAAUGAGAUUUUCCAAAAAUCACGUAUUUAUUUAUUUAUUGAAUAAUGUUUAUAGUCCAUGAGUCUAGUCUGUUGUGAAAGAUAUUGAGAAUAUGAUUGAAUGAAAUUUUCCGAAUGUAAAAGAAAGAUUUAACUAUUAUAGAGUGAAUGUAAAGGAAAAGUCAAUUUUAACGGAAGUCAGUGAACAAAAAAAAAAUUACACUUUUUAAAGGAUCGUGAGAAUUUCUUUGAUUUUGUUAUUAUUUAUUUGUUAUAACUUGCAGUUAUUACGUGUGUUUUUUGUCAUUUGAUAAUAAUUCAGAUGCAAUUUUAUCAAAAAAAACAACUAAUGUGCAAGUAAUAUUACAAAUUAAUAUCACGUAAUAAAGAAAAAAAAGCAAUUUAA